AUUGCAAUGGUUAAGGGAGAAAUAGGAGAUGGACAAGAUAUCCUAGUGAGAGUUCAUUCAGAAUGCCUUACAGGAGAUAUAUUUGGCUCAGCUAGAUGUGACUGUGGAAACCAGCUUGCACUUGCAAUGAAGCAAAUAGAGGCUGCUGGAAGGGGAGCGUUGGUCUACCUUCGCGGGCAUGAAGGCAGGGGAAUUGGUUUGGGCCAUAAGCUUCGUGCAUAUAAUCUGCAGGAUGCUGGUCGUGAUACUGUUGAAGCCAAUGAGGAGCUAGGAUUACCGGUUGACUCAAGAGAAUAUGGAAUUGGUGCACAGAUAUUAAGGGAUUUGGGGAUUAGAACUAUGAAGCUGAUGACAAACAAUCCUGCAAAAUAUAUAGGGCUGAAGGGUUAUGGUCUUGCUGUAUCUGGGAGAGUGCCACUUAUUACUCCAAUAACCAGUGAGAAUAAGAGAUAUCUGGAAACAAAGCGUAAGAAGAUGGGUCAUGUCUAUGGCCUAGACCUAAUUAGCAAUGGAAGCAGUCCGAGGACUGAAAAUGGCAAACCCAGCACAACUAGUUCACCAGAUACUGCAGUUAACCUAUAGAAUUGACUUGAUAUUCUGCCCACUAAUUUAGCAUCCAGGCAAAAUGAUUUUGGAUCCCUUCAAGCCCCUUCAUAUUCACACUCUGGAGUAAGGUUGCACCUCAUCAAAUGAUCUGUGAUGGCUAUUUAUACGUUUUUGUAUAAAUUGAGAAAGAUCUAUGAUGUUUUUGUAAUAUCAUGUCAUUUUUUUUGUUCCCUUUCAAGAUGUGUAAAGUAGCUUUGAGCAAGUCUCAGGUUUGUAAUUUGCCUACCUCAUUUAAUGGAAUAAUAAUUUCUUGCCUUUA